UUUUUUUUUAAUAUAAUCCAAUCGAUGAAACUAAGGUCCUCAUGAUAACUUAGCCGAUUGGAUCGUCAUCCUAUUUUUAAAAGAUUGCAUACAAAUUCAAACUCUCGUCACAUUAAAUUAUCCACACACUCGCCAUUUCCUGCAAACUCUGCAACCUCAACCCAUCGUGCAUGGAUCAGCUGAAGCCAAGUCCUGCCAAUUCCAGCCCACUGACGCCCCUCCAUUUCCUGGAGAGAGCUGCCACUGUUUAUGCCGACUGCCCUUCCAUCAUUUACAACUCCACAACCUACACAUGGGCCAACACCUAUCAGAGGUGCUUGAAAAUGGCGUCUUCCAUUUCAUCUUUAGGCAUCAGACGGGGCGACGUUGUUUCUGUGGUUGCCCCCAACAUCCCCGCCAUGUACGAGCUCCAUUUCGCUAUCCCCAUGGCCGGCGCCGUGCUCAACACCGUCAACCUCCGCCUCGAUUCCCGCACGAUCUCUGUCAUCUUCCGGCAUGCCCAGUCAAAGCUUGUUUUCGUCGAUUACCAGUCGGAAUCUGUAGUACUCGAAGCUCUGUCUUUGUUCCCACCUAAUUGUGAGAGGCCUUUGAUUGUCCUUAUGGCAGAUGAUGGUGAAUAUGGAAUCCGGUCAUCGAAAAGCCAUCUGCAUGGGAACUACGAGGAGAUGAUUUUGAAUGGUGAUCCGGAUUUUGAUUGGGUUCGCCCGGAGAGUGAAUUUGAUCCUUUAACUUUGAAUUACACCUCCGGCACCACCUCGUCGCCCAAAGGCGUCGUUCACAGCCAUCGUGGAAUCUUCAUCGGUGCCGUGGAUUCGUUGAUCGAAUGGUCAGUCCCGAAAGAGCCCGUUUACUUGUGGACUCUGCCGAUGUUCCACGUCAAUGGGUGGAGCUACACCUGGGGCAUGGCGGCCUCCGGCGGAACCAACGUUUGCCUCCGCAAAUUCGACGCUGCUGCAAUCUAUGCCGCCAUCCACAAAUACAAUGUAACCCACAUGUGCGGGGCGCCGGUGGUGCUCAACAUGCUGUCGAAUGUCCCCCACGGAAAGCCCCUAGAAAAGCCCGUCUAUAUUUUGACAGGAGGAGCGCCUCCACCUGCGGCGGUGCUGCUCCGAAUCGAAUCGCUCGGGUUCGUCAUCACUCACGGAUACGGGAUGACAGAGACGGCAGGGCUGGUGGUUUGCUGCACUUGGAAGAAGAAAUGGAACAAAUUUCCGGCGGCUGAGAAGGCCAGAAUCAAAGCUCGACAGGGAGUCAGAACUCCGGGAAUGGCGGCAGUUGAUGUGAUAGAUCCUGAAUCAGGGAAAAGCGUGGCACGAGAUGGAAAAACUUUAGGCGAAAUUGUACUGAGAGGAAGCUGUAUAACGCUCGGAUACCUGAAAAACCCGGAGGCCAACGCGAAAGCCAUGAGAAAUGGCUGGUUUUACACCGGUGACGUCGGGGUGAUACACCCCGACGGGUACCUGGAAAUCAAGGAUCGAUCCAAGGACGUCAUCAUCAGCGGCGGAGAGAACCUGAGCAGUGUGGAUGUGGAAUCGGUUCUGUACAGGCACCCGUCUGUGAACGAGGCGGCGGUGGUGGCUCGACCGGACGAAUUCUGGGGCGAAACCCCGUGUGCCUUCCUCAGCUUGAAGGAAGGGGUCACCAAGAAGCCAACGGAGGAGGAGGUGGUGGCGUUUUGCCGGUCAAACCUGCCGCACUACAUGGUGCCGAAGACGGUGGUGUUCAAGGAGGAGCUGCCGAAAACUUCCACCGGAAAAAUACAGAAAUUUGUUCUCAGAGAGCUGGCCAAAGCAAUGGGAUCCAUCACGAGGAGCAGGAUAUAGAGAGUCAACGCAGCUGAGUGUGUGUGGAUUAUAAUUUCUA